AUGGCUAACGCAGGCAGUCUUCCCGACAGAUCUACAUCAAGUGCUCGUCCCACACCGCCUCAGCAUAGCCGGACCAAGAGCUACACCCAUGUGUUCCCUGCACCAUCUCCAGCAGCCACCUCAAACCGAAAACCUCCUACCACGGUCACCGCUAAAGCCGGCAUGAACACCACAAAACCAUCUCCCAGGACGCAUACCCUAGCAGUAUCCGCGAGCAACUCCAACAUGUUCUUCAAUGGCCUCGAGUGGCUUCUUGAGUCGACUGCGGAACUGAAGAAGCCAGUAUCGCUGGAAGGGACUCCUUUGACCAAGGAUGCGUUGCGGAUUUUGGACAAGGAAUCUCCGGCGAGCAGCGGUGUGGAGAGUAGGAGCGAUAAGAUCAAUAUGACGAGUUCUGGAGGGACGAGCGCUCAGCGAUGA